AUGUUACACAGUUCCUCAAAAUUACAUGUACUUUUGGAGUUUUUUUCUUUAUUAGUAGUAGUAGUAACUUCAGCCACUGUAACUGAUAAUAAUAACAAAGAUGAUUUUAGCUUACCUCUUACACUAACAACGGAAACUUUUAAAGAAACGUUGGCUGAAAAUUUACAUAUUGUUGAAUUUUAUUCUCCAUAUUGUGGUCACUGUAAGUCGUUAGCACCCAUAUGGAAAGAAACCGUUCAAACAUUUAAUGAAGAUCCAAAUUCGUCCAAAUUAGGAAUUUCGUUUAAUCAGGUUAAUUGUGUGGAAAGUGGCGAUUUGUGUAGUGAAGAAGACAUACAUGCCUACCCUAGUAUAAGAUUAUAUGGGCCCAGUGGAUUUAUUAAGCCUUAUCCCAAGAGUUAUAAGAGAACUGUCGAGGAUUUUAUAAAAUUUGCCAAAUUAGAAGCUAUGUCACAAGAAAAUUUUGAUUUAACUAGUUUACAAAGUUUAAGUAUCCAUUUAGAAAAUUAUGAUAUUUUAAACUUACUAGGUGGUGUUGGGAUGCCCAAGCCCCACAGUGCCGAUGAGAAAGAAAAUAGCGACGAUAGGUAUGACACUUCUCCAUUUCUAGUAUCUUUUUGGCCAUCUAAAGACUUUAAAGACCCAAAAGACAUCUCGGGUGACAAAAAAAAAGUUUUUUCAAAUAAUUGUGAUAAUUGUUAUGAGUUUUCCCAAACUUGGAUUAAGAUAUCUAAUGAAUUGGCUCUUUAUGGUAUUAAAAGUGGGCAUUUUAAUUGUGAGGACAAAAAUAAUGAACAAAUAUGCACUGAAUUAGGGUUUGAAAACUUGGUACACCAGAAAAAUUCUAGAGCUCCGUUAACCCCUAAAAUUGCCUUAAUUAUACCAAGUAAAAAGCUAAACAAUUUUUUUAUUUAUAAUGAAAACGAGGAUGUUGAUCUAAACGGUAUCGAAAAGAUGGUUGAUUUUGCUACCAGAACCGUUGAAAAUAGUCAAGUAAAGGAUAUUGAUAUUAGGACUCUUAAAAAGUUUAUUAAUAACAAAAUCACGAUUCCUAAAAGCAAGGAAAGCGAUUCGGAUGGGGACAUAUACGUUGUUUUCAAUUAUGACCCAGAUACCGUUUUUCAAGAAGAUUUUGAUUUUUUGGAAUAUUUAAUCGAACCGUUUAGUAGAAUACCCAAUUUGUAUCUAUUUAAAAGCACUAAUGACUUGGCCAAGUUUACGAAGGGCACCACGGAACAACUUUUUAAUUUAAUCAAUUAUAAUACUAGUGAAGAAACUAAAAAAAUGGAUGAGGAUGUUUUUUACAAAAGGACAUUUAGUCCCAAACCCACAUUCUACAUGUAUAAGGAGGGAUGUUUGAUCCCUAACGUUUUUAAGGGUUAUUCUACAACUGAAUUGAGAAACUUUGGGUAUUUUAUGGAUUGGAUCCACCAGGAUGAAACCCCCUUCGUGAAUGAGUUAAAACCGGAUAACUUUUUAGAAUUGACUAAUUUUGAAAAGGAGUAUUAUGGACAAGUGGCAAUUCAACUAAUCGACACUUCUAACGAGAAAGAUCGUUCCAGUGUGGAGAUGUUUAUGAACAAUUUUGUCUUGAGUGCUUUGGAUUAUGAAAUGUUACGUUGGAAAUAUUUACACGCCCAAAUAUUAGCGGAAAGAAAGGAGAAAAAUGACAAAGCCGAUAACUUAAGGAAGCAAAAAGCUGCAAGUACCAAAAUUGUUAAUGUUAUGAUCAAGGAAAUUUUUUUGAAUUAUAAUAAGAGAGUUCUAUAUACCUAUUUGGAUUUAUCCAAAUAUAAAGAUUUCUUAAAUGAUGCCGGGUUGAAUCCAAAUAAGCGUGAUUUCCAAAACGGUGACGUGAUAAUAAUAGAGAAUGAUACUCCCCAAGUCCGUUAUUAUGACCAAGAUCCAUUUGGUGCCUAUCUAACAUCUGUUUCUCCGUACUAUUUAAAGGAAUUAUUGGCAUAUAUCAAUUUUCCAGAUGGCGUGCAUGGUAAAAAUGAUGUACCAAGGACUUUGAAAUUUAAUGAUUUGGAAGACACGUUCGUACAAGGUCACGAAUUAGAAGAUGACUACACGGAAAGAAACUUUUUACCAUUUUUCACAAAAAUUUUGGAUGUUCUUGUUGAACAUAAAUUGAUGACAAUUAUGGUUCUUAUACUAGUACUAUUCCGUGUUAUCCUGUCUUUUAGGAGACGUAAACUCAAAAUGAGGUAUAAUAAUAAGAGAAAUUCUACCGGUAUAUUGGGCCGUGGGAAUGAUGCUGUUCUUAAAAAAUUGAAUAAAGACUAA